UUGUCCCAUGGCGGUCCCGGGAACGGCGACCGGGGCUGCCGCCAGCAUUUACCAGCUUAGAGAAAUUCCCUUCUCUCCCGGGUCUGUUCCAGGCCUACCGCCUUCAGCAUCGAGAGGCCAUGCAUCCUGCACAGGCUGGACCCCUCCCCAGAAUGAUGCCCAGGUUAGAUCUGCAGUUUCUCCAGCGGUUCCUACAAAUACAGAAGGUUUUGUUUCCCUCCUGGUCAUCACAGAAUGCCUUGAUGUUCCUGACCCUGUUGUGCGUCACCCUACUGAAACAACUGGUGAUCUACCAGGUCGGCUUGAUCCCCAGUCAGUACUAUGGGGUCCUGGGAAACAAAGACUUUGAUGGGUUUAAGAGCCUGACCUUCCUGGCUGUGGUGCUCAUCGUUCUCAACUCCAUGCUGAAGAGCUUUGACCAGUUCACCUGCAACCUGCUGUACGUGAGCUGGAGGAAGGACCUCACCGAGCACCUUCACCGCUUCUACUUCCGAGGCCGCGUGUACUACACCCUCAACGUGCUGCGGGAUGACGUUGAUAACCCGGACCAGCGCAUCAGCCAGGACGUGGAACGCUUCUGCCGGCAGCUCAGCAGCAUGGCCAGCAAGCUCAUCAUCUCCCCCUUCACUCUCAUCUACUACACCUACCAGUGCUUCCAAAGCACGGGCUGGCUCGGGCCUGUGAGCAUCUUCGGGUAUUUCAUCCUGGGAACCCUGGUGAACAAAAUGUUGAUGGGGCCCAUCGUGGCACAGCUGGUGCAGCAGGAGAAGCUAGAGGGGGAUUUUAGGUUCAAGCACAUGCAGAUCCGGGUGAACGCUGAGCCUGCUGCCUUUUUCAGGGCUGGGCAUGUGGAGCACAUGAGGACAGACCGCAGGCUGCAGAGACUCCUUCAGACCCAGCGGGAGCUGAUGUCCAAGGAGCUCUGGCUGUACAUCGGCGUCAACACCUUCGACUAUCUGGGCAGCAUCCUGAGUUACGUUGUGAUCGCCAUCCCUAUUUUCAGUGGUGUCUACGGAGACCUGAGCCCCACAGAGCUCAGCACUCUGGUCAGCAAGAACGCCUUCGUGUGCAUUUACCUCAUCAGCUGCUUCAGCGGGCUCAUCGACCUCUCCAGCACGCUCUCCGAUGUGGCUGGUUACACACACAGGAUCGGGGAGCUUCAGGAGACCCUGCUGGACAUGUCCCUGAGGUCGCGGGCUGGUGAGAUCCCGGACGAGAGCGAGUGGGACACAGACAGGGCCCCGGAGUGGCCAGUUGUAGAGCCAGCGGACACGGCUUUUCUCCUUGAGCGGGUCUCCAUCUGCGCCCCGGCCUCUAACAAGCCCUUAGUCAAGGAUCUGAGCCUGAAGAUCUCCGAGGGCCAGAGCCUGCUCAUCACGGGCAACACCGGCACGGGCAAGACCUCCUUGCUCCGGGUUCUCGGCGGCCUCUGGGCAAGCGCAAGGGGCUCAGUGCAGAUGCUGACGGACUUCGGACCCCAUGGGGUGCUGUUCCUGCCACAAAAGCCAUUCUUCACUGACGGGACCCUUCGGGAACAGGUGAUCUACCCGCUGAAGGAAAUCUACCCAGACUCGGGUUCUACUGAUGAUGAGCGGAUCCUGAGGUUCUUGGAGUUGGCAGGCCUGGGCCCUCGCUGUCUCAGAGGCGUGUGUGGUCGGAUGACGGAGCAGGGGUGGGCCCUCUCACGGGCAGCAUUCCCUCUGGGUGUGUUACAGUCCAGUCUGGUGACGAGGACAGAGGGUCUGGACCAGCAGGUCGAUUGGAACUGGUACGACGUUCUGUCCCCAGGAGAGAUGCAGAGGCUCUCCUUUGCCCGGCUCUUCUACCUACAGCCCAAGUAUGCAGUGCUUGAUGAAGCCACCAGUGCCCUGACCGAGGAGGUGGAGGGCGAGCUUUAUCGCGUCGGCCAGCAGCUGGGCAUGACGUUCAUCAGUGUGGGGCAUCGACGUAGCCUCGAGAAGUUUCACUCCUUGGUUCUGAAACUCUGUGGAGAAGGAAGAUGGGAACUGACCAGAAUUAAGGCGGAGUAAAGCCAAGGGUGUGGCUGGCCAUGGGAAGAAGUGCCCAGCGCGGGCUGAUCGGCAUUCUCCCGGAGAGACUGGGGGCCCCUGCGGGGCAAGGGAGACCCCUGGCUCACCUCCCGGGCCCUGUGCAGGGAGCGCUGGGAGAAGGGCCCAGCCGGGGUGUGGCUCUCUGUGGGGUGCUCUGCCCUGCAUGGGCGCCUCCUGCUGCCUCAGCCAGAGCUCCCAGCACUUGGAGUGCUGAUUGCUUACAAACGACCUCAGAUUGUGUUUUCUAAACAAAAACCUGAAAUAUAGGAUCUAUGAGAAAUGUAGGGUCAUUGUGGAAAGAAUAUUGGGCUUAAAGUCAAGAGAUCCAGGAAUCUUUUAAAUCCUUUAAUUUUUGUACAAGAUUUUUUUUAACUUUAAUCAACUAUUUAAAUUUUAUAACUUUUUGUAAAAAAAUAAACAUUUCUUACAAAUUAUAGAUUUCUCCCUUUUACUUUUCCACUG